CCUCACAUAUUUACAGACGACUGAGAGGGAAACAGCAGUGUGUGCAGACUGUAAAUUCACCAUGUUCCAUCCACAGAAUAUUGUUGCUUUCUUAAUACUCGUUGUCUCCAUUUGUCAAGCUCAAGCUGGUGGACAACGGGACACGUCAGACACAUCUAAGGUCACACUACAGCCGUGGCUGGUGGGACUGGCAGCUGUUGUUGGGUUCCUCUUUAUCGUCUUCGUCCUCCUCAUUGUGCAAAGACUCUUUUUCAAGAAAGACAAAGACGAGUUUGAGGAAAAAGAAGAAAAGCAUCAAUUUUACGACAACCUCGCGGCUGAUGUGGAGGCAAAUGAGGAGACCAAGCAGACCAGUUUCUGAGAACAACCGAUGAUCACAGUCCUGCGGGACAAAAUCUGCCAAUCUCUGGAAAUUAUGCCAUAACACCGUGAAGAGUAAUUCUUACAUAAUUUGUAAUGUAUCAUAUCAUUAUAACUUAAACGUUUUGUUUUUAUGUCUUCGUAAGAGUCGUUCCUUACAUCAUCCACUAGAUGGAGCAGCCUUCACUUACUCACAGAUUUGGCCUAGAGUUAAAAUAAAAGGGUUAAAAUAAAGUGGUGCCCUACAGUCUUUUUUUUCCUGGUCAUAUUCCCAAAGUUUUUCUAGUAUGGUGCAACUCUAACUGAAAUUCCUAAAUCUGAAACAUUCAUUAGAGUAGAGAAACCAGAUUUUCAGUGUGUCACGUGGUGCACAUGAUGCUCCGAUUAACUGGCUUUUGACUCGAAUGACAGUUCUGGGUUGGUUGGGCAUGUAUGCUAAAUGGACACGGGUAUGAGAUCCAUUACUCAUUUUGAGUGGCAGUUUGGACAUGUUAAAUGUUUCCAGUGAAAUGAUGUAACACAGUUUUGCUUUUGGAACCGUUUGCUCAUCCCGGGGGAUUAUGCGAUGAAAAUAUCAUUUGCUGAAAAAAAAAA